AUGGUCUUGGAUAUUCCUUCAGGUCAUGCAGGACUCCUACCAUCUCUUACUAACUGUGCUAAUAGACCUUGUUUUCCUGGAGUGCUGUGUGUUGACCGCAAACCUCCAAAGACUGGAUACUUCUGUGGCCGAUGUCCAGUAGGUCUAUAUGGGAAUGGACGAAUCUGCACAAAAGCAUCUAGACCAGUGUCAAGUUCUGCAAAACGUCUGCCUGAUGUAACUGUGGAGGUCCCUGGGGAAGCCAAAAUCUCCUUUGCCCAAGGUGUUAUAAAGAAUUUACAAGAUAUUGAUUCUGCAUCUUCACAAUAUCAUACUCCAAAAUUAGAAACAACUUUCCAUAUAGCAAGAUAUCCCUUAACUAUUGAUAUUCAAAUUCCAUUCAAAGAAAGAGUGGUGCCUCUGCCUUUUACACCAUCUAUAGGAAAAACCUUUCCAUUCAGCAAAAUAAAAAAUGGCACCCACGGAGCCCUUCUUCAAAAAAAUGAAUCAGGAGCUGCUGGAAAACUUUCAGACUAUAAACUGCAGGUUCAAGUGGAUGCCACAAGGAAUACCUCCACUCAAGAUGACAUAGGCAUGAGUCUGCAUGCUAUUCAACAGAGCCAUACCUCAACGGACCUGUCACCUUCUGGAAAAUCUCUUGGGAUUUCAGCUACCCAGACUAAUUCUAACCAUGGUUCUAAAGCAAAGUAUUUGAGACAGUCUGUGUGGACCACACUGUUGCCAUCAUCUUUCCAUUGGAAAAGGUCAUUUUCUCUUCGUGUAAAUCAAGGUAGUCAGGCACAAGGGAGCUCUGUGCAGUCAAGAAUUUCAGAAAGGACUGCUUCAUUCAGAAAGCCUUAUGCCUCAGGUGUAAACCAUUUGGUAACUGAUUGGAGAUCAUUUAAUAAGCGAGUCAACUGUGCAAAUAAGCCAUGUUUCCCUGGUGUGCCCUGUGAAUCAACAAAGCAUCAGGCAUUCAAAUGUGGACCCUGCCCCUACGGAUACAGCGGUGAUGGAAAACAAUGUUAUGCACUUUGCGAUCCAUUGUGUGAAAACGGAGGGACCUGUAUCAGUCACAAUAUCUGUUCCUGUGCAUAUGGAUUUGUUGGUUCAAGAUGUGAAACACUGGUUUGUAAUAAGCAUUGUCACAAUGGUGGGAAAUGUGUGGCACCGGAUGAAUGCCAAUGCAAGGCUGGAUGGAAUGGUCCUUUAUGUGAAACAGCCAUUUGCAAACCUAUUUGCCUAAAUGGUGGGACCUGUAUUCGCUCAAAUAUAUGUGCUUGUCCAUUUGGUUUCUUCGGGCUUCAGUGUCAAUCAGCAUUCUGCAAUCCUCCUUGUAAGAACCAAGGGCUAUGUAUGAGAAACAACCUCUGCUCCUGUAUGGAAGGUUAUGUUGGAAGAAGAUGUCAGAAAAGUAUCUGCAAUCCGAUGUGUAUGCAUGGUGGGAGAUGCAGCAGGCCCAAUGUUUGUGACUGCCCAUUUGGCUGGAAAGGAAAGCAUUGUAAUAUACCUGUGUGUCUACCCAGCUGCACAAAUGGAGGUGAAUGCAUAGGGCCUAACGUUUGCCAGUGCUCAGAAGGAUGGGCAGGUCUCCUAUGCCAAAUUCCUCUUUGUGAACCAAAAUGCCUUUUUGGAGGCCGAUGCAUCCAACCCAAUGUUUGUGCUUGUAGAAGUGGAUACAGUGGUCUUCACUGUGCAAAGAAGCUCUCCAUACAAUGACGAAAACAACAGGACAGUGAAGAUACACAUUUUGAAGUUAUUGUGCAACCUUUUUAAAAAAAAGAUUGGCUGAGAGUGCAGUGCAAAGGACUGAUGAAUUUCUCCUGCUUCUUACUCCUUUCCAAGCACUAAGUUCUGUGGAGAAAUUGCUGAUUUCAGAGCAUACUCCAGAAACUUGAACAAGUUGCUGGUACCACCCUAAAUGAUAUUUCUCUUUUGCUGUCUGUCUCAGCCUUAGCUAUUUGCUACCUGUAAGUGCCAAACUCCAGUGUGACUUUGUUGGGUGCUGAAAAUAACAUUGUGUUGUGUUCAUCUAGGUAUGGGUGGUAUACUAAAACUAACAACAUUGGAGAUGACAGUAUUUCUCCAUUAUAUUCUUUGUUGUUUCUUCUCUUUAUUCCACCAGAACAGACACCGAGAGAAAUGAGAAUUUCACUUCUUUUCCUUAAUAGAGUUGAUUUUUCUCCCUUCAUACAUCAUCACUUCCAUGCCAUGUUUUUGUACACAGCUUUACUGAUGUGCUACACAGUCCUGACUGAAGCAUAUGGAUUACACAUUAGGAUUGCUGUUAUAUUUUUCAUGUGUUUUAUCAUAACAAAAUAUGUACUGGAAAUAAAAAUAAAAUGGAUAAGAGCAAAACAUAGUGGAAUGGAUGCACAGCUUGCUGGACAAUAUUCAGAAUCAAAAUAAUAGGGAAGAACAUUUUUAAUAUCUUGGUUGCCCUUCAAGAAAACUCCAAAAUAUAAAAAGAAUCAGAAUAAAGAGAAUUUCUGAAUAAAUCCAAAUCAAAAUGUGUGUGUGUUUUCUCUUCUUUUUAAUGUAAGCCCAAUAGCUUACAUUAUCUAGUUCUUUUGAUGUUAUCAGAAAA